CGGGCCGCCCCCCCGGGCACACGCGCUCCUUCUCCCGUCAGCCCUCCCGGGCGCGCCCGUCGGCUUCGGCGUCCUUUCGCCGAUGAGUUGCAUGAAGGACCCGUUAAGCCUGGAGCGCCUGGGAGCCGGGAAUAAUAAGCUGUGCUCUUCCUCACCUUCCUCCUCCUCUUCCUCGUCCUCCUGCCAUCACCAGCAGUCCGCGCUGGCCAUGGCGACGGCGCUGGCGCCGGGGCAGGCUCGCUCCUCCCUGGAGGCCGCCAAGCACCGGCUGGAGGUGCACACUAUCUCCGACACCUCCAGUCCCGAAGCCGCAGAGAAAGAGAAGAGCCAGCAGGGCAAGAGUGAGGAUGCAGGGCCCGAGGACCCCUCCAAGAAGAAGAGGCAGCGGCGGCAGCGGACGCACUUCACCAGCCAGCAGCUGCAGGAGCUGGAGGCCACCUUCCAGCGGAACCGCUACCCCGACAUGUCCACCCGCGAGGAGAUUGCCGUCUGGACCAACCUCACCGAGGCCCGGGUUCGGGUUUGGUUCAAGAACCGCAGAGCCAAAUGGAGGAAAAGAGAGAGGAACCAGCAGGCCGAGCUGUGCAAGAACGGCUUUGGGCCGCAGUUCAAUGGCUUGAUGCAGCCCUACGACGACAUGUACCCCGGGUACUCGUACAACAACUGGGCGGCCAAGGGCCUCACCUCAGCCUCCCUCUCUACCAAGAGUUUCCCCUUCUUCAACUCCAUGAAUGUCAACCCGCUGUCCUCCCAGAGCAUGUUCUCCCCUCCCAACUCCAUCUCCUCAAUGAGCAUGUCCUCCAGCAUGGUGCCCUCGGCGGUCACCGGCGUGCCCGGCUCCGGCCUCAACAGCCUGAACAACUUGAACAACCUGAGCAACCCCUCCCUCAACUCAGCGGUGCCCACGCCGGCCUGUCCAUACGCCCCUCCGACGCCUCCAUACGUUUAUAGGGACACGUGUAACUCGAGCUUGGCCAGCCUGAGACUCAAAGCCAAGCAGCACUCCAGCUUUGGCUACGCCAGUGUGCAGAACCCUGCGUCCAACCUGAGCGCCUGCCAGUAUGCCGUGGAUAGGCCUGUGUGAGCCCAACCCAACCCCGCUGCCACGGACUGAGCUGCGCUGGAGAGCGGUGGGCACCGUGGAGGAGGAGAGGGGGUAAACAGAGAGGAGAAAGAGGAGAGAAGGGAGUAAAGGAAACCACUGAAUUGAGAUAGUUCCUUUGUUUUCAAAGGACCUCUACGGAUCGGGAGAUCUUCGCUAAGAGUAUUUCAGCAGUUACAAGGACAUAUAUAUAUAUAUAUAUAUAUACGGACAAAUGGUUGACUGGAUAUGAUAUGACAUUUUAAUGUUCCUAUAAGCUUGUUAUUUUUUAAGUUUAGCGUUGUUAACAUAAAAAAUGACGGAAAGGAUGUAUAUAUAUCGAAAUGUCAAAUUAAUUUUAUAAAAGCAGUUGUUAGUAAUAUCACAACAGUGUUUUUAAAAGGGUAGGCUUUAAAAUAAAGCAUGUUACACAGAAGCGAUUAGGAGUUUUUCGCUUGCGAGCAAGGGAAUGUAUAUACUAAAUGCGACACUGUAUGUUUCUAACAUAUAAUUAUUAAAAAAAAAAAAACAUUGUGUGAAUAUCGGUUUUAGAAUAGUACCUCUGGUGGAUGCAAAGAUGUUUCUGAUAUUGCAAUGUAAAACAUGCCCUGUGUAUAACAUUUCGUACAAUAUUCUCGUUUUACUUUUCAGCCGACAUGAAAAAUAAUGUGUUUUAUUUCAUGGGAGUAAAAGAUGCAGCAUUCA